AUGGUGCUGUCGGUGGGGAACAGCUCGGUGGAUUUUCUCUCCCGGUUCUCGGCGUUCUGGAACCUGUCUGGGGAGGACGGCGCGGGCGAGAGUGGCGCGUGGGGCGACGGCGAGGCGCACAAGCCCACGGUGCGAGCUCUGCUGGUGGUCUCCUACUCCGUCAUCAUCGUUAUCUCGCUGUUCGGGAACGCCGUGGUGUGUCAUGUGGUGAUGAAGAGCAAGCGCAUGCACUCGGUCACCGGCGUGUUCAUCAUGAACCUGGCCAUCGCCGACAUCCUCAUCACGCUCCUCAACACACCCUUCACCCUGGUGCGGUUCGUGUACAGUACGUGGGUUUUCGGGAGGGCGAUGUGCCACGUGAGCCGCUUCGCCCAGUACUGUUCGGUUCACGUGUCCGUCUUCACGCUGGUGGCCAUCGCCAUCGACCGACACCAGGUGGUGAUGCACCCUAUGAAGCAGAGGAUGUCUUCGCUGAAGGGCGUGGUCUGGGUGGGCGUGAUCUGGGUGAUGGCCACAUGCUUCUCUCUGCCUCAUGCCAUCUACCAAACCCUGCUGCGCUUCGAGUUCGGGGAGGGUAAAGUCCGGACCGUGUGCCUGCCGAGCUUCCCUCACCCCUCGGACCUCUUCUGGAAGUACCUGGACCUCACCACCUUCGUCCUGCUGUACCUCCUGCCCCUGGCCAUCAUCACCGUGGCGUACCUGGUCAUGGCCAAGAAGCUGUGGACGCGCAACGCCAUCGGCGACGUGACGCUGGCGCAGAGCUCGGCCCACCGCCGGAGGAAGAGGAUGACCAUGAAGAUGCUGAUGGCGGUGGUGGCCGUCUUCGGCGUCUGCUGGUUCCCGCUCAACUGCUACGUGGUGCUGCUGUCCAGUAAAGUCAUCCCCGCUAACAACGGCGUCUACUUCAGCUUCCACUGGCUCGCCAUGAGCUCCACCUGCUACAACCCCUUCAUCUACUGCUGGCUCAACAGCAACUUCAGAGCCGAGAUCAGAUCGCUCCUGCUGAUUGGACGCUGGGGCAAAAUCGCCAGCGCCCAGCAGAGCUAA